AUGACUUCGUUUGGAGCAACGAAAAUUAUAUCUGAAGACAUGCCAACAUUCAAAGUUCAAGGCCAAAUAUACCACAAAAUCGGUUCAUUGCUCGCAGUGCCACAACAAGAUGCGAAAUUUCUGCAAAUUUAUUUCACUGGAAAUGAUGCACUGGAAGUAGACAAGCGUUGCGCAAUUAGUUCUGGGAUCCGACGCGAGAUCAUUUCAAGCUUGCAGGCAAUGUUCCACGAACAAAACAAUUUGAUUCGCCUUUUUAAAACAGCUCUGGAUCAAAUGCCAUCAGAUGACUAUAGUGUUGUUAUUAGAGCAGACAAAGCUCCUGCUGGUGAAUAUGAAAGGCGCUUCAAUGCUCCAGUAACAGGGGAUGUUGCAAUUGUAAUAGUUGGCACCGAAUUCGAUCGACGUGACAUCAUUAUCCACCGGCGAAAUGCUAAUGUGCAGAGAGUAUCGGAAACACAUCGAUCGUAUGAUGCACUCCAAUAUCCAGUGCUGUUUCCCCGUGGAGAAGAAGGAUAUCAUUUCAACAUCAGGCAAGUCGACCCCAGCACAAGUGAAGCGACGACAAAGAAAGUGUCCUGCAUGGAUUAUUAUGCAAACCGCAUUAUGAUUCGUGGAAAUGAAUCCAAUCAUAUCUUAAAAUGUCGUGAAUUAUUCCAACAGUUUAUUGUGGACAUGUACGCGAAAGUCGAAAGUGAACGUCUUCUUUUCAUUCGCUUAAAUCAAAAGAAGCUGCGCGUUGAAGAAUACGUUCAAUUACGUGAUGCAGUUGCUAAUGAUGGAAACAUUGCUGACAUUGGACAAAUGGUAAUUUUACCUGUAACAUAUACAGGAAGCCCGCGGCACAUGCUCGAAUACGGGCAAGAUGCUAUGACGUACGUUCGAAAGUAUGGACGACCAGACCUAUUCAUCACCUUCACUUGCAAUCCAUCGUGGAGUGAAAUAACCGAAUUGCUUUUGCAGGCCAGAGCUCAUCGCACAGACAUGAUCUUCUCGCUCGAAUAUUCAAGCAAAAGCUAA